UCGGGUGUAAGGUAAGGAGCUGUGGAAUCAUUUUGUCUACCUACAAAUAGGAGACUAAGAGGUUGAUUUCAUUCACCUACUGAACUAUCAAACCUGUUUAGUUAGUCUUACGGCUUGGAUUGGUCUUUGGUCUUUGAACUUUGAAGUAUAUUCUCUUUCUCUUUCAUUGAACAAUGAGCUCCUUGAGUGCAAAUGAAGAUUGUCUUGGAUGGGCAGCAAGAGAUGCAUCUGGCUUUUUAUCACCUUACAGCUUCAACCGCAGGGCCGUAAGGAGUGAUGAUGUUUCAAUAAAAAUUACACACUGUGGAGUUUGUUAUGCUGAUGUAGCUUGGACCAGGAAUGAACAUGGGGAUUCAAAGUAUCCUUUGGUGCCUGGACAUGAGAUUGUUGGCAUUGUGCAAGAGGUCGGUUCUAAUGUUAACCGCUUCAAAGUUGGUGACCACGUUGGAGUAGGAACUUAUGUCAAUUCAUGUAGAGAUUGUGACUAUUGUAACGAUGAAGAAGAAGUUCAUUGUGUAAAAGGACCAGUUUUAACCUUUAAUGGGGUGGAUGAUGAUGGUACUAUUACAAAAGGAGGAUAUUCCAGCUAUAUUGUUGUCCAUGAUAGGUACUGCUUCAGGAUACCUGAUGACUACCCAUUGGCUUCAGCAGCUCCUUUGCUUUGUGCUGGAAUCACCGUGUACAGUCCCAUGAUACGCCACAAGAUGAACCAACCUGGUAAAUCUCUGGGAGUAAUUGGACUUGGAGGUCUUGGUCACAUGGCAGUGAAGUUUGGGAAGGCGUUUGGGUUGAAUGUGACUGUUCUCAGCACUAGCAUAUCCAAGAAAGAGGAAGCUCUAACUUUGCUUGGUGCAGACAAAUUUGUGGUCUCAUCUGACCAAGAGCAGAUGAAGGCCGAGGCUAAGUCAUUAGACUUUAUAAUUGACACAGCAGCCGGUGAUCACCCAUUUGAUCCAUACAUGUCACUGUUGAAAACUGGUGGCGUUCUAGCCCUAGUGGCAUUCCCAAGUGAAGUCAAAUUCCAUCCUGCAAGCCUUAACAUAGGAAUGAAAACCGUUUCUGGUAGCAUUACAGGUGGUACAAAGUUGACACGAGAAAUGAUAGACUUCUGUGCUGCUCAUAAAGUUUACCCAAACAUAGAAAUAAUUCCAAUUCACUAUGCAAAUGAAGCUCUUGAGAGGCUAAUAAAAAGAGAUGUGAGGUAUCGGUUUGUGAUCGAUAUUGAGAACUCCCUGAAAUGAUAUUGCUAAAGACACAAAGAAAGUUCCUCUUCUCGAUAGGUAUGUUCAUAUAUUAGGUACAGUGAAGGUAUUGGAUCAAAUGUUGAAACUCAAAAGCAUAAAGUUAUUGGCUCUUCGUUGUUGGAUGGUGAGCAUUUACUUGUAUAAAAGCGUCUGGUGUUGAUCUUCUGCAUCAUGCAAGUGGUUAACUAGCUUGAAAUAAGUGAAUUGGUUGUUGAGUGGUAUUGUGAGGAAUGGUUUUACUUGCAUACUAGCCUGAAAUAAGUGAAUGCAUUGUUGAGCAAUUUUAUGAGGAGUGGUUUAAUAAAAAUCAAAAGUGUGAACCCUUUUGUAUCA